AUGGCUUCCCCGCUACCGGUAUUGCCCCGCAAAAGCAGGAAUGUGGCUUCAUUAGACGUCCCCAAGCCAGGAAAACGACGCAGUUGCCGAGGAAAUUCUGCAUUGUCCAAAUUGGCCAACGACAUCAGCUUGUAUCGAAAACGGGUCGUAAUCAUCGCUGGUGCCGGUAUUUCAGUGGCUUCUGGGGUCCGAACCUUUCGUGGGAAAUCAGGGGUAUGGAGUGAGUAUGUUUGGUCGACAGCCACUCGAGAUUCCUUUCGGAAGGAUCCCUUGGCCUGGUACAACGACUUUUGGUUGAAAAGCAUGAAGCUUCCGCCCAAUCUAAAACCAAAUCCUUCUCAUCAAGCCUUGACGGGUCUGCUCGAGCUCUGUCCCAAUCUGAAGUUAAUCACUCAGAAUGUGGAUGGCCUCAACGCAUCGUCAGACCAAGUGGUAGAGGCUCAUGGUCGAUUGGGAUUGUUCAAGUGCAUUCCUGACGAAGACUCUGAUACUGACUCGGAAUCAGAUGAUGAUGAUGAUCGAUUAGUCCAUUUGGGCCACCGGCGGAAACGACGUCUGGCGGAAGCCAAGGGAGUAUGCCGGUACCAACAAAUGGAUUCCAUUGAAACUGAUGAUCUCCCCAUGACCACGGCUUUGGGAUUAAUGGGAGACAGCCUCGAUGGGCCACCGAAAUGUCCAUUGUGUCAGAAUAUGGUAGCUCCGCAAGCAUUACUCUUUGACGAGGGCUAUCAUUCCCAUGAUUUCUAUCAAUUUAAAAAGAUGGAAGACUGGUUGGCCAACGCCCAAGUCAUCAUGUUUGUUGGUACUUCGUUCAAUGUCCGACUAUCGGAAGUAGCCUUGGAACAUGCCCGGGCUCAAUCCUUGCCUGUUUACAAUUUCAAUACCCAAGACUUUUUGGAAGCAACCGCCUGGCUGGAUGCCACCAACAUUUCAGGACGUUGCGAGGAUUUAUUGCCUCAAUUGUACACUGCCUGCGUGUCAAUACAAGGAGCAAAGCAGAUGAAGCCAACCAUUGAUGCACCAAGGCGGCAAAAACGUGGUGUUUGUUGGAAAAAGAAGUGUAUUCAGGAACUGGACGAUGAGUUGUCUGGGAAGUAG